CGCACCGGAUUCCCGCACAGAGGGACUUCUGACGUCGAAGAUGUGACCGGCCGAGGAACACCAGAUCCCAGUGUCCGGCCGUGUGUCGCCCCACAAUUUCACCACUAUUCGAAUUGUAAACCGAUCACUGAAUUCAAUUAAUGUUUAAUAAUAAAUGUUUUAUGUAGUUGUGUUGAUUAGUGUCCUUUCGUGUACUUACGUAAGUGUGCAUGGAUAAUUAAUUGUUCAUAAGCACUUUUUGAAGACUGGUGUAUAUUUAAAUAAAUAACAUUUAAACUGUGCAAGAAAUCCUAUAGUACUUGUCCAUCGUCAACGUGACUGUGACUGGAAUUUGCCGGAGUUCUUAUUUUUUCUAGAUAAGUGAAGUGUGUGAUUGGCGAUAUUUAUUAUAUUGUUGAAAAUGUGUUGAAAAUUAAAAGGAUGAUAUGGGAAUGAAUCGGGGGACGAGCUGGCUACUUUUGGCCAUACUCGUGGUGGUCGUGCCUAAAGAUGCGUUCCUCAACAACUUGGACGAUGCUUCCUCGCUUAACGAACUCGACAGACCAAUCCCGAUGGAGGAAGUUCACGGUGUUCUUGGCAAAAAGAUCGGUCUUCCCUGCGAUAUUUCGCCCAGAGAUCGAGACGACGCCGUCGCCAUGGUGCUAUGGUUCAAGGAGAGCAUCGGAGAACCCUUAUAUAGUUUCGAUGUGAGAGGUAGACAAUUUAACCAGGCAAAAUUAUGGUCAUCGCCGAGUGUGUUCGGUACACGAGCUUUUUUUCGUGCUACCACAUCACCAGCGACCCUAGUUAUAGAUGGUAUAGCGUUAUCCGACGAAGGCAUCUACCGAUGCCGGGUGGACUUCAAGGACUCCCCCACCAGAAAUAGUAGAGUUAACUUUACAGUCAUCGUACCCCCGGAAAAAAUUCAUAUAUACGAUGACAAACGAGUGGACAAGACCAUAAUUCUAGGCCCAUACAAUGAAGGUUCGGACGUGAAUCUUCUCUGCGAAGUCAAAGGAGGCCGUCCUAGACCAAGGGUGUAUUGGUACUUGGAGAACACAGUGAUCGACGACUCGUACGAGAUCAGGUCAGACGGAACCGCCGUCAAUCAUCUCGUGUUCCCGAAAGUCGGUCGACAACAUUUACACGCAAGACUGUCAUGCCAUGCCAGCAACAAUAAUCUCGUGCCCCCAGAGACCAGAGCUGCUGUGUUAGAUAUUAAUUUGAAACCCCAAAGCGUACAUAUUUUGACGAAGGAGAAGCAAGUGUCGGCGGAGAAAAGAUACGAGGUCGAGUGUCGGACGUCGGGUUCCAGACCGGACGCGGUGAUUACGUGGUGGAAGGGAAGCAGACCGGUGAGGAAAAUAGCCAAAAAUUUCUCGGAGCAGAACAACCAGAGCCUGAGCAUUUUGAAUUUCGUUCCAGUGAUCGAUGACGACGGCAAAUACUUGACCUGUCGAGCCGAGAACCCGUCUAUCCCCGAUAGCGCACUCGAAGACAAGUGGCGAUUAAAUGUCCAUUAUGUGCCGGUGGUGACGCUGAAAAUGGGAUCGACCCUGAACCCAGGCGACAUUAAGGAGGGCGACGACGUUUACUUCGAGUGCAAUAUCAGAGCGAACCCGAAGGCUUACAAACUUUCCUGGUUCCACAACGGAGAGGAGAUCUACCAAAACGUAACCGGAGGCAUAAUAAUGAGCGAUCAGAGUUUGGUGUUGCAGAACAUUGCACGUGCAACGGCGGGCGACUACACUUGUAUGGCUGCGAACGUAGAAGGCAAGGGCACAAGUAAUCCGGUGAAACUUAUAGUCAGAUAUGUGCCAGUAUGCAUCCAAGAUCGCGAGGAACUCUACGGAGCGCUGAAACAGGAGACCGUGUCACUGCGAUGUCAAGUCGACGCCAAUCCUCCCGUCGCUACAUUCCACUGGACGUUCAACAACUCCGGUGAGCAGAGCGACGUGCCGGCCAGCUUGUUCACGAACGAGGUUACCUCCUCGCGUCUGAACUACACCCCCGUCACGGAUCUUCAGUACGGCACGUUGCUAUGCUAUGGUGUCAACGAGAUUGGACGUCAGAAGGAGCCUUGCGUCUUUCAGGUGGUCAUUGCUGGUCGUCCUUCGCCACUCCAAAACUGCACCCUAAUGAAUCAGACUUCGAACUCCCUGCAGGUGGACUGUAUGGAGGGCUUCGAUGGCGGCCUCCCCCAGAGCUUCAUUAUGGAGGUCUUGGAGCUACCAAGUCUGCGACCCCGCAUCAACCGAACCACGUACCGGACGCCACCCACAUUUACCGCCAACGGUCUCGAUCCGGGCAACAGCUACAGGAUCAUGCUGUACGCGGUCAACGCGAAGGGCCGGAGCGAUGCAACUGUGAUCGAUCCUGUCACGUUCAAAGGAGUCGCCAAAUUGCAGGGUUCCACAUCGAGCAUGCCCGUAAGUCCCCUGAUCAUGGGCUUGCUAGGCACCGCAGGUAUUCUGGCUACUGGCGUCUGUCUGGUACUGGCAGCUUUGUGUCGCAGACACUAUUCUAGACCAAGCCAUCGUAAUGACGGUGGUACUAAACACGUACCAAUGGAGGCGGUUAUCAAUGCCGACGAUCUCAUUGUGGAUGGUUCGGUAACUGGGGUGCGAACACCCGUUUCGACUGAUCAUGUCUUCACUGCUGAGGCGGUUCGCAAUGGAUCCUCCAUUGAGGCUACCGAUCCGGAUAUUAUUAGGAAUCAGUAUGAAAGGAGACCGACUCAUGGAUUUAUGAAGGUGUACGAGCCGCCCGUGUCCAGGGAGGAGGACGAGAUCGACGACGAGGGCGAGGAAUACGAUUUUAGACGCGUUGCCAAAGAAACAACUCACAUCCCGAAUCAGACGGUGUAUCGGAGUCUGCAAAGGCCAAGUCGAAACCCCGUGGUUCCCAGCAUUCCCGGAACCCAAACUCUGACGCACAAAUAUAGGGGACCCGAAGUUGUCACGACUUCGAAUAGAAUACAAGAAAGUUGCAUAUAAAUAAUUGUGUCAUUGUUUUUAUCAUGUAUUAUAUUAAUGUAUUUAAACAAAAAUAAAAAUCGGACUGUCAGUCGACAA